AUGGUGGUCAAUUUUAGCGAUAAGAUCCUCGUGGCUAUAUCCCAGCAUGGACGAUUAGCCCAUUGGAUCCACGUGCCAUUAGAAAACAUCAACCCUGGGACCAAUGGCUUUCAUACUUUGCCGGAUGGGGAGGAAGACAGUCUCCUGCCCCUGCCUAAUCUCACCGCCACGACUCUACUUGGUGGUCAUGCUCCAGGGCACGAGACAAUCAACCAGCUGUACGCUCGUCAAAUCGGCAGCGCUAUUGCAACGAAAACCCCCAAUGAGAAGAGAGUGCUCGUUGUGGGGUUAGGGCUGGAUAGGCCCCAGGCUGACAGAGAUACGUUUUUCGCUAUUCUCGACCUCGUGCUGCAAUGUAUCUGA